CCGACAACUGAAAUUCAAAAUUCGACGACAUUUCACACAAGUAUUAAAUAUACAGGCAAGCAAGUACAGUAUUCUGCAAUCAAAUAUGCAAAUUCAUGAGACAAUAGGGUUCAGCAUUUAAUUUUGUCUCCCAAGUUAACGAUCCCUAGAGGGCCGAAGGGUUGGCAGGUAGUUGGCAGGUAGUAGCACAUGGAGUUUUCAAAAAUCGACGAUUCACUACGACAUGAUUUUAACUCUUGUGGUUAAUCUUUGUCUGAGACGUUUGAAGUGAAGUCGGCGUUGUGCGCAUGGUUUAUGUACAGAGAGAUGAUGGUUUGGUGUUGAUAAAAAGUGAGGAUAUAAGUGCAGUGCAGUGCUGGCAUUCAUUCGUCGUCGUAUAUCAGCAGCAUACGAAUUCAGUCCGUCUUUAAAGCUCGACUCUUCGUUCUUUCUUCUUAUUCUACGGCCAAAUAUUUGGUUACAAUAAGAAGAGAACUUUUAUAACACAGCUGCACCAACACCACGUUUGAUGUUCAUCAUUCACCAACGACGACAAACUGCACGUACAUGCAAAGAUAAAGUUAUUACAUAGUUGAACAAAAAUAAAACAAGUGAUCUCGUGUUGUGGAAUUUGAUAACUCAAUUUGGAGCUCUAUAAGAAAAGAUAAAGAGUCUUCCGAGUUUACCGAUCUGAUCUCCAUCUCCCCCGCAGCUACGGAAGGAAGGAAAAGAACUGGAAAGGUGUCGAUUCAGGAUAUAAGUACAAGUGCCAUCGAAUAACAAAAUAAAAUUCGCCACCACGUCAAAACGCACACGCCAGAGAAGAAAAUGUGACUCUGUAAAAUAACAGUGACAUUCGUAGCUUCCGUUUCUUGAAGAACGCCGAUGAGUUGUUCGUUUAACUCUGCGUUGGCGCUGCAAAAUUGUUUUGGAGGUGUUGUUUGAAUAAAAAGUGAUCUCGGAAACAUUGUGGAAGAAGAGAGGGGGAGAAGAACGACGUCGGCAAUGGGCCAGUUGGACGGUGAUGGGCGGAGUAAGGAAGACGUAACGUCAGGGUCUGGACCCUCCGUAGGAUCUCCCACGUCAGAUCCUGUCAAAUAUGGGGAACUCGUCGUUCUCGGGUACAAUGGAUUCCUACCUCAAGGGGACAAAGGUCGUCGGAGAUCAAAGUUCCCUUUCUUCCGAAGAGAGAAGCCGACGGGGAUCAAACGGUCGAGACACUACGUGGUCGACACGCCACAACAUUCCAAGGCCGUGCUAGACGCUCAGGUCCACUCCAUCUCGUAUACGCUCUCGAGAAAUCAGGCCGUCGUCGUUGAGUACGUUCCAGACGAGGACACGGACAUGUUUCAGAUUGGCCGAUCUUCCGAGAUGCCGAUUGACUUUGUGGUGAUGGACACUGUUCCGGGAGACAAGUCUGGGAGUGUGGACAAAACCAUGCAGUCCACCAUUUCCAGAUUUGCGUGUCGUAUUCUCGUGGACAGAAAGCCACCCCAUGCCACUCGCUUGUUCGCAGCUGGGUUCGACUCAUCUAGAAACAUCUUUUUAGGGGAGAAAGCUACAAAGUGGGAAGAAAACGGAGUUAUUGAUGGCCUUACAACGAAUGGAGUCCUGUUGCUCCACGUGAAAGGCAACUUUGUGGACGGAGGGGCCAAACCACUUCCCUGGCGUGAAGUGUCCGUCAACGGAGGUCUUUACACAAUGAGAGAGUCGAGAUCUGCGCCUCAAAAGGGGAAAAAAAUGGAUAUGGAGUCGUGCAUCCUGGAAGACGGAUCUAUGAUUGAUCUCUGCGGCGUCACGCUGCUUUGGAGGUCUGCGGAAGGACUGGAGAAGUCACCGUCACGCAGGGAACUGGAGACGCUUCUCGAUCUCGUGAAUGCAGGACGACCUCAAUGCCCAGUAGGAUUAAAUACGUUGGUUGUGGGCCGGAAGACGAAUUCUCUCGACAGAGAACCCUACAUCUAUCUCAAAUGUGGACAUGUGCAAGGACUUCACGAGUGGAAUCCUGGUCAGAAGAAAGGUACUGAAUCAAAGGAACGGACGUGUCCCAUUUGCAUGACCAUUGGACCCUUCGUCGCCCUCACCAUGGCUUUCGAGUCUGCGUGUUACUGUGAUACUGGAGCAUUGACGCAUGCCUUUGCCCCACAGCAGGCUGUGGGGAUGUUUGCAUUCGUGCCUUGUGGUCAUAUGGUCACAGCGAAAACAGCCAACUACUGGGCAAACAUACCUAUCCCACAUGGGACAAAGGGUUACCUAGCAGAAUGUCCAUUUUGUGCCACUCCACUCGAGGGGUCGACAGGCUUUGUCCGUUUAAUCUUCCAGGACUGGAUAUCAUAAGAUAAAUUUAUAUUGUAGAAUCGACACUCUCAUUGAAGAAAGAAAUCAACAUGAAACUUCUCGACAAGAGACUAAUGCCAAUUUAUUUUGUGAAAGCUAUUGGACUGUUGUUGUUAAUGUUAAUAUCUUUAUUACUAUUGUUAUCAUGACAGUGUUCCAUCAUACUUCUUCCCCUUUUACAAAGCCAAGUGCAAGCAAUCAGCAUCAAUGGGUGGCGAAUACCAUGAGUUUUCAUGCGCACGAUGGUGUACAGUCUUCGUUUCACACUCCUCAGUCCUUCAGUUUAUUUGUGCAGCGUUUCUUAUCGAGUUUACUACUACUAAAUAUUUAAUUAAUCUCGUAUUUUAGAUUCCGAAGCAGCCAUGAUUAUUUAGACUUAUAUGCUAUACUUACAAAUAUAGACUAUAUAUACUUGCGGUGAUCUAUAUUCGACUUAUGUACUGUCUGCGGUAUGAGCCCGCAUUGUUAUUAUUAUUCUAUGACUGUGUAUUAUGGUUAUGAUGAUGAACUUAUAUAGUUUAUAAGAACAUGCAGUACUUGUAUUAUUAUGACGAAAAGCAAGGUUUCAGUUAAUACGUGGAAAUUUCAUGGAUGUUGUGAAUACUACUUGUAUACUUAUUUAUAGCGAAUGUAUGUAGUUUAGUAGCGAAGCAUGCAGAAUUUCAAUAGAAGAAACACGUUCGGAAUUUAGAGGAUUUUGGGACUAAAGUAAAUGCAAAUUAUGGUGAAAGUAGAAAAAAUGACCCGAGUACAAAACAUAACUUGACGUACAUAAUUUAUACCAUUACUUCUACAACUUGAGUUUGUUUUAAGUGUUGAAAAAUACACAUGGAUUAUGAUAACGCAUGUUUACAAAGAUAACUUAUUUCCAGAAGCAUACAUACAAUGUCUUAUGUUAUAAAAUUUGAGCCGUUUUCUAAAUAAAAAACAUUUCGUUACGCAUUAAA